AUGCCAAAACCAUCCAAGUCUGAUAAUAAGCGAGCCCAGAAUGAAGCCUCUUCUUCUUCAAAUGAGCCUCAAUUUGCUCAACCAACUCCAAAGAAGACAAGGCUCGUACAAUCCAGACUAACUUUCGGUGGUUCCUCUUCAUUAGUUGGCCAACAUUCAUUCUCGGUUGAUCAGGUUGCGUCAUCUUCCUCUCAUCAAGAUCAACCUCCAAUCAUGAUUCAGUCAACCUUACUCCCUUCAGGGCUUCUGUUGUAG